GGCCUUAUAUGGACUUCCGGGGGUGUGCGGGUCACGCGCGGACGGGCGACCGCUCGACCGGCGAGGAGGCGAUAACCGGCGAGGAGGCGCUGCAAGAAGACGAGGCCGCGACCACCACCACCACCACGACGACGAACGGAGGGAGAGAGGGAGAACAACAACGAGGUGACUUCAGGAUCACGCGGAGGCGAGCUCCCCAGGAGGAGGAGGAGGGAGUAGGAGGAGGAGGAGACGGGAGAGGCUGAAGGAGGAGCCAGCGCGGUGGGGCCGUGCGCACCGGGCCGGGCUGAGUGCAAAAUCGGUGCGCACGGCCCCACCGCGAUCACCGCCGCCGCCGCCCCGCCCGGUCCCUCAUUGACAGCAGCAGCGGCAGUAGUAGCGGCAACAACAACAGCGGCGGCACAAGAAGCGUAAGAAUAAUUAAAGCAACAAAGGGACGCGGUGUUGUCCGGUUACGUGUUCGUCGUCAGAUUUUUUUUAAAUUUCUUCUUGAGCCUCGUUUUGUGUCGUCUCGCCACUUCGGCGUCGGCGUCCAAACCGCCCGUUUCAGUCGAGCCCCGGCGAGGCCAGCAACGGCGGCGGCGUCGGCAAACAAAGGAACGCCUGGACCAAGUUUCCUUCGGCGUUAUUCAUCGUCGUCCCUCUUCAUCUGGGUGACUUCGCUCAACUCGGCGGAGUUGUCCGUCGCCCCGAACCGCUCGAUUCGCGACCCCGACGGGGAGAAGAAGAGGAAGCGGCAAAAACACGGAACGCGGGAGGAUCCGUCAACCUCGUCCUCUACCCGCUCCUUCCGCCUCCUUCCGUUCCUCGCCACCGUCUCCCCUGCUCGUGCCGCCUCGCGCGCUCCUCCAACCGCGAUCGUCGUCCGUUCCAUCGGUGAAGCGCGAAGGCCGAGGAGGAGGAGGAGGGAGGAGGAGAGGCAACCAUGAACCCGAACCGAGCGCGCCUGAUGUGCAUGCUGGCGCUCACCAUCGCCUUCUUCUUCGUUGAGCUGGUGGUGAGUCGCAUCACCGAGUCGCUCGCCAUGCUGUCCGACUCGUUCCACAUGCUGUCGGACGUGAUCGCGCUCUGCGUCGCCCUGGUGGCCGUCAAAUUCGCGGAGCGCACCGAGUCCACGAGCAAGAACACGUUCGGCUGGAUCCGCGCCGAGGUGAUGGGCGCCCUGGUGAACGCGGUCUUCCUCACGGCGCUUUGCUUCACCAUCGUGCUGGAGGCCAUCGAGCGCUUCACCGAGCCGCGCCGCGUCGAUCAGCCCCUGCUCGUGCUGGGCGUGGGCCUCGGCGGCCUCCUCAUCAACCUCAUCGGCCUGUGCAUCUUCCGCGGCCACAGCCACGGCCACGGGCACAGCCACGGCGGCCAGGCCGGCCACGGGCACGGGCACGGCAAGAGCAACGGGUGGAAGAAGAACUCUAGCGAGGAGCGUGCCAACCCCGGGGAGACGUCGCAGUUCAUCCAGUCCGUGGGUGCCGCCGAGCAGGGACCGCGCAUCAUCCCCGACAAAGACGCCAUGGGCGAUGUCAAGUUGGCGUGCUCAGAACCUUUGCCACAUGUCAACGGCAACCUGCAGAAUGGCGAUAUGGCGACCGGUGUGGAUCUGGAGAUGGCAGAGGAGUCUGCUUCCCAGAUGAAUAUGCGUGGUGUGUUCCUGCACGUGCUGGGUGAUGCCCUCGGCUCUGUGGUGGUCGUGGUCAAUGCAAUUUUGUAUCACUUUUUCCAGGAUACUUGCACUUCUGGCGAAGAAAGAUCCUGUUGGGUCUAUUACUUAGACCCCAGCUUGUGUUUGGUGAUCGUUUUCAUUCUUUUGGGCACCACAUUCCCCCUGCUGCGCGAGUCGGCACUGAUCCUUUUGCAAACGGUGCCCAAGCACAUCGAUGUGCGGGUGUUGACGGAGCGACUUCGCAAGAUCGAAGGCGUGCUGGCGGUGCACGAACUGCAUGUGUGGCAGCUUGCGGGAAGCCGCAUCAUCGCGACGGCGCACAUUAAGUGCCAGGGCCCGGCCUCCUACAUGGAGACUGCAAAGCUUAUUAAAGCUUUCUUUCACAAUGAAGGCAUUCAUGCCACCACUGUGCAGCCCGAGUUUGCAGAUGAUGGCCUCUCAGGUUCGCGUAUGGCUCUCUGCGACCUAUCCUGCCAAACGCAGUGUGCGCCUAAGCUUUGCUGUUCUACCGGUAAAGUGAUAGCUGGUGACUGGAACGGACAGCAGCAGUCUGGACCUGGAAACGGCAACAACCUAGAGACUAUCCGAGAGACACCGGAGCCCAGCCGGGAGUCACCUGCACACUGUGAACUGAAGGAGGGAGACGAAAUCAGCAUUGACAUCAAACCUGCCUCUGCGGAGGAUAAAGUGGGAACAGAGAGUGAAAGCCAGAUGUAACGUGUAUAUUUGGAAAGUCACUUUUAUCCAUUGGUUAUGUGUGAACGUGUGUACAGGUUCAUGAUGAGGAGUAGGCUUAACUUUGCAUUGUACCAAUUCAUUAACAAUACAUUUGGUAAGGAUCUUGACAAUAGAUCAGCAGAGCAUAUAUUUAUUAAGUUUUCCUUUGGAUAAUUUGUAUGAAUGCAGAACUCAUUCGACGAUGCCAAGUUUAGCCUAUUUCAAGGUUUUUUUCAUGCCGUUGUGAACGCUGCGGGAGUUGACGUGCUUAUUUGGUAAUCGAGUGGUAAAAUUGGUGGCACUUCAUCAGAAAUGGAGACGUAGCUCCAGUGUGACAGUAUGGUCACUACUGUGCACAAAGGAAUUGUGAUGUGUUUUGUCAUACUUCAACUUAACUACAUCUUGUAUCCAUUUGUGGAUCUCCAAACAUCGCUCAAUGCAAUUAGAGUACUUGUAAUUUAAGUAUAUAUUGCCUUUGUAUUUCGAUUUUUUGUUUCAUUGUUACAGUUUCACUGUAGUUUUGUGAAUACUUGACUAAAAACAUUUGAAUGCCAUCGUUUGGGUUAUUGCUCUAUUACCAGCAGUGCACAGUAACAUUGCAAAAAUGUUUCUGUUCACAUUGGCUUUUUAGUGUGGAUCAUCAGUUGCAUAACACCACGGCAAAUGGUCACAGUUGACUCUUUUUUAAGAACAGAAACUUACAUUGUGCCAUGCUGUUUGUCUUUGAACAGUAGUAGCAUAAAGUACAAUCCGUUUUCUACCAGGUUUAGCUUAUGCUUGCAGUGGUGUGGCAGAGGCCUCUUGCCAGUAGUGAUUAAUAUUUCUUUAGAGGCCCCUGCACUCUUGGUGCUUUUGCAAGCUUGACCGUGCAUGCAGCUUUUAGGACUAUUAACUCUCCUGAGCAAAAAUUAGAUUUUCGAAAUAACAUGAAGUAAAUUAUAGCAUUGGAAACUGGAUAUUUGCCUCCGAUUUUUAUACGUAAAAAAACACUUGUUAAUGACAUUAAAGAGUUAAUUUUGCAUAAGCAAAAGUAGACAUGUUUCUGAUAAAUGGUGAUUAUGCCAUGUGUCGGUCCAUUCUUUUUUUUUAUUGACUAAAGUGGUGGAACCACAAUUGAGAGAAUUGUUUCCCUCAGUCAACUCAACAAUUGUAAACUUAAAGAUAGUAUUAAAACAUACCAUUGUUGUGUACUUGCUCUUUUACUUGAAUUUAUUUUCAUUGAAGAAAUUUGUGUUUGGAUUCUUAUUCAUUAAACAUUUAACUUUGAUAUUUGUACCGAUUACAUUGUUCAGCUAAUCGGAUUUUAAAGGCGUUUAGUUAAUGUUGACUUAAAUAUAGGCCAAACAUUGGUUUUUUUUGCUUAAAGUGAUUAUAUUUCCCUAAAAUGCUAUUUAUUUGGCCUAUUCCGUGAUUGGUUUGUGUUACUCGGCUACCCAUUAAAUGACGUUUAAAGAAAUUAAAGCAUUAUUUGAGCUCAUUUGCCUUUUUUCUCCCACUGAAACUGGACGAAUGGAACUGGCCACAUUGCCACUUAUGAAUGCAUGCUAAUUGCGAGGUGGAGAAUAAAAUUAAAAAAAAACUUCUACCCUUUAAAGUAAUAAUUACAGCUUCUAUAGCACCUUGCAUAAAAUCUCAAGUAAUGGACUAAACAUUAGUACAACGGCCCAGGUCCACUGAUGUCAACAUUUGAAUGUGAUUACAGAGGAGGCCUCAUUUGCCUCGUUCACAUCUAAAUGUAUAUUUUGUGAGUGGUGAAUUAAAUGUCUAAAUAUGCAAAAAGUUAAGUUUUUUUUUAGUUUUACAAAAAAGGGGAGAUUUCCUGUGGAUUUCACUGCAAACACAUCUGAGUGAAUAGUCAUAAAAGCUGGACUUCGGUUUUACUAUUAAAAAAAUCACAUUUGCCCUCAUUUACGAGUGGCAGAUAAAUUGUGUAUUUGAAUAAUUUUUAUUUCUUAGUAUUUUGCGUGGUUGGGUGAAAAUUUACUAUUCAGUGUUCUGAUUGUUGUGUAUGUUAUGCAAAGUUUUUCAAACAUCAUUGUUUUAUUUGUCUACACUACUUUAGCUGUUUGUAGCUGGUUCUUGAAUAAUAUUUUUAUGUAUAGCUCUUUCCAUUUCUAAAAACAAUCGCUAUAACCUUGUCUUUUUAGAUUCAUACCUCAUUAAAGUGCGCUUUAAAAUUACCACUUGUAAUUUCAUGCUGUUUAUCAUUUCAUGACAUUCAGCACACCAUCUGCAACAGCUAAGGCUGAUUUAGAAGAUGCAUGGUUUGUAUCGUUAACUAAUAGUAUGGUGGCUCAUCCAAAAUAAAAAAAAAUUAUAGACCUGUAUUGAGGUAUUUUAAAAAUAAAAAGCUUGUAAAUACUAUACAAUGUGCAACUAGACUCCACCCUAAAAUGAUUGCGCUUUUGUAUUCUCAAAAGUGACUACCUCAAAAGCAGGCAGCAGUGUAUUUUCAAAUCAGCACAAGUGUAGCUAUUUAGAAAGAAAACCCUGCCAAUUCUGUACUCCAUAUUUAAUAAUUUGUUAAAGUUUAAUUACCCAACAGUAUGUGCUCUCAUGAAAUUAACAAUUAACAGGUAUAUGUGCUGAUUACGUGAACUGGUGACAAUAAAAAAACUGGCAAUUUUACAGCAUGCCAGGGCUGGA